GAACACAGAGAACACAGAAAAAAACAGAGAACACAGAGAGCACAGAGAACACAGGAUGUGUCUUAUUACAAUAACAAACAAACAAUAACACCACCCAUCAUGUAGGUCCUACAUCAGGAGAAGCUGCUGUUGUAGUAAAUGAAUCAGCAGCUUGUGACCAAUCAGAAGAGCCGCUGGAUAGAGAAGGUAAAUAAGAGCUUUCUCUGGAUCCCUGCUUAGGAUGCUGCUGCUGCUGCUGCAGGGAGAGCUCGGGCUCUGACUGGUCCGUUCCUGCUCGUGCUCGCCCCCCAUUGGUUACUAAUACUCAGUACAACACGUCAUUGUCACGUCGUGUCCUGUUUUUACUAGGACCAAAACAGCGUGUGUGAAAAAGCUGAUGUAUAAAAAGCAGUAAAUGUUAUAAAUAUCUGCUCCACGUGCUGCAGGAUCUGAGUGAGAGAAGGAAGGACAGAGAGUGUGAGCGCUUUCCCAGUGUAAAGGGCGAGAAUGGAAAGGACCAGCCCUACAGACUUCGCUUCCCACCGCCAUGACAGCAUGUCUAGUCCAUCAGAACAGUGCUGUUUAAAUUCUCACUUUCUCACUAUAAUGGUCUUGUGUGCCUCAGUGGUUACCAUGACGACAGACAAAGCAAACAGCGGACAGAAGAAGCAGGUCUGUGAGCAGCAACAGGAAGAUGGAGAGACUGUGGUGCAAGAUGCUGAUGCAAUCGAGCCCCUUCUGGACAGACCCUCGGGCUCACCGCUGACUCCUGGAGGCUCAGAGGAGGGACAGCAGCCCAGAUCACGCCAGCACGCCUCGACCGGCCGUGGCCUUUCACGCAUGUUCUCCUCUCUCCUGAAACGCCGCUCACAGUGCUCAGAUGAUGAGGGGGUCAAGCUGGAACGAGGCCAAGAGAAAGAGAGCCACCAGGAUCCCAAAGCUCCUAUCGCAGACCCUGAGCCUGAGCUGCGCAUUGAGGGAGAUGCAGCACUAGAUGUGCACUCCAUUAGCAGUGCUGAGAACCAGGUCAGAGUGGACCAGAAAGAUGAUGAAGUGAAAGUGGAGAAGAGGGAAAAGAAAGAAAAGAAGCAAAAGAAAGAUGAGAUGAAUAAAAACAGAGACAAGAAAAAGAAAACAGAGAAAGCAAAAAAUAUAGAGAAGAAAAAAAAGAAAGAAAUGAGGAACAAGGACAAGGUGAAGAAAGAGAAGGUGAUUGAAAUAGAAGAAGACAAAGAGAUUGAGGAGCAGCCCAAGCCUGGGGAAGAGGAGACCGAAGCAGCAGGAGCAGGGAAAAGAGAGGGAGAUGGAGAACGAGACAGAAAGGAGAAGAUGACUGAGGAGGAUGUAAAGCCUGAGAAAAGUCAGCGCAGACCCAGGAUCCUGCACUGUAAGGUCACUCUCCUGGACAACACACUGUUUGAGUGUGAACUUGAAAAACAUGCCAAAGGCCAGGAUCUGUUUGCUAAAGUGUGUGAGCACCUGAACCUGUUGGAGAAGGAUUAUUAUGGCCUCGCUGUAUGGGAGACACCAGUCAUUAAGAUGUGGCUCGACUUCACAAAGGAGAUUCGAAGGCAAGUGCGAGGAAUCAGCUAUGAUUUUACAUUCAAUGUGAAGUUUUACCCACCUGAUCCAGCACAGUUAUCUGAGGACAUUACCAGGUACUACGUCUGUCUCCAGCUGCGUAAGGACAUCAUGAGCGGCCGCCUGCCCUGCUCGUUUGUCACUCUGACCCUGCUGGGCUCAUACGCUCUGCAGUCUGAGCUGGGGGAAUACGAUCCUGAGAUCCACGGCACAGACUGCUGCAAGGAGGUCAGGCUUAUCCCAAACCAGACGAAGGAACUGGAGGAAAAGAUCAUGGAGCUCCAUCGCACAUACAGAUCUAUGAGUCCUGCUCAGGCCGACAUGAUGUUCCUGGAGAAUGCCAAGAAGCUCUCUAUGUAUGGUGUAGACCUGCACCAGGCUAAGGAUCUGAACGGGGUGGAUAUCAUGCUGGGUGUCUGCUCCAGUGGUCUCAUGGUUUAUAAAGACAAGCUGAGGAUUAAUCGUUUCCCAUGGCCCAAAGUGCUGAAAGUCUCCUACAAACGUAGCAGCUUUUUCAUCAAGCUACGGCCAUCUGAGCUGGAACAUUAUGAGAGUGCUAUUGGCUUCAAGCUGCCCAAUUACAAAGCUUCUAAGAAGCUUUGGAAAGUGUGUGUAGAACACCACGCCUUUUUCAGGUUGACGUCUACCGAAGCUGCCACCACACCUAGGAAGCUACUGGCCCUGGGCUCCAAGUUCAGGUAUAGUGGACGAACUCAGGCUCAAACUCGGCAGGCCAGCUCCAUGAUCAACCGCCCUGCACCCGACUUCAAGCGCUUUGCCAAUAAAAUGGCCUCUCACAGCUUAGAUGGAGCAAUGGUGUCCACCUUAAAUAAGACAGCACGUCCAGUCAGCGCUCCCAUCAUGUCUCCUAUCUCCAUUGGCGAAACAGCUCCUUCUCCCAUGGUGACAUCAGCCAUCCAGGUGGAGCACAAAGGCUUGCUGACACCCACACGUCCACCGUCUCAAUCGGAGGACAACAAGGUUGAGGUAAAGGCAGAGAGCUGUGUGACUGGGACCUUCAAAAUGCAAAGUGUUGCACUCCAGGACACGUCUGAGAUCAAGAUGCUUGUUCGGCGUGAGUUGCGGCAUCGUGAUGUCCAGGCAGUGAAGACAACUAAAGGGGACAAAAUUAGUCAGCCUCCACAAGUGAUGGUGCGAAUGCGCAAGAAACGAGCGAAAAAAAUUGAGGGCGAAUCUCUUUAUACCAGACAUAGCAAUUUAAUGUUGGAGGAUCUGGAUAAGACUCAGUCAGGGAUUAUGCGUCACCACAGCAGUAUCAGUGAGCUCAAGCGCAGCUUCAUGGAGUCGGUCCCCGAGCCACGGCCCAGCGAGUGGGACAAGCGUCUGUCCUCAAACUCGCCUUUCCGCACAGCCAGCAUCAAUGGCCAGAUGCAGUCAGAUGUGACUCCUCUAGUGAAGAGACACACAGUCACCGUCUCUGACGUGAGCAACUCCCCGAUCAGUGAAACUGCCACCAAGGAGGGGCCGAUAAUGCACACCGAGACCAAGACCAUUACAUAUGAAUCUGCUCAACCUGAUGAGAACAUCGGGAUGCUUCUCAACGCACAAACCAUUACCUCUGAGACCUUGAGCACCACGACCACUACACAGAUCACCAAGAUGGUGAAAGGAGGAAUCUCUGAAACCCGAAUUGAGAAGCGGAUCGUGAUCACCGGGGACUCUGAGAUCGACCACGAUAAGGCUUUGGCUCAGGCAAUAAAGGAGGCAAAGGAGCAGCACCCAGACAUGUCUGUUACUAAAGUUGUAGUGCAUCAGGAAACAGAGAUCACCCCAGAUUAAAGUCUACUCCAUAAACCACAUACAGAAAUCCAUCCCUGAUUCACGUCCGCACCAGACUGAUGCUGAACUCCAGACUUCUUCAACCACAACCUCUUCUGACCGGCAGGAGGAACAUAAUGGAUCACCUCCAGACUGUCUGUUCCAUCAGAUUCAACCUUCUAUUGGAAUACGCUCUCCUGUAGCACCUCUCUCUGUCUGUCUUUCUCUCUCUCUCUCUCUCUCUGUAGCGCUCUCUCUCUCUCUCUCUCUGUAGCGCUCUUUCUCGCUCUGUAUCUCUCUCACUCUGUCUCUCACUCUGUCUCUCUCUCUCCAGAUGUCUGUAAAACAGCUGAUUGUUUCAUGUCAGAUUGUUAUAACAAAACCUGUCUUUUAAUGCAAUUUUAAAUAUAGAUUUUAGCGGGUUUGAUAAACGGUAGGUUUUUAAUACGUUUUUAAAUCAUAAGUGGUUUUUAGGGUUUUGUCACACGAAACAAAGGAGCAGCAGCAUCAGAAAUUAGUCUCAGUUGUUUUUCUUCUGUUAAAGAAUAUCCAUUAUUGUGAACAAGUUCUUCUCUUUCUUCUUCUUAACUAUUAUCUUCUCUUUUAUUUUUUGCUUCACUUCAUUUGUUACGGUUCUUAGAGACAGCCUGCGCUUUUUCGUGCAGAUUUUAAUGAGUCUGAGUUGUUCUUCCCUCCUAACAACCAAGUGCAUUGAACAUUACCCACACACACACACACACACACACACACACACACACACACACACACACACACACACACACACACACACACACACACACACACACACACAGACCUCCCAACAGUCACAGAGUGAAGUACAGUAUGAUGUAGUUUGUGUUAUAGACGUCACUGCCAUACAGCCAUCUUUCCUCAUCAUCUUUUAGUCUUGUAGACGUCGGACUGCGCACUCUUAGUAUCAGCUUUAUGUUCCCUGUCCUUCAAUGCUUAUAUAAUCUACUGAUCAAAAGCAUACAUUUCCUACCUUUUCCCCGUCCACGUGAUGCGACUGCUACUUUAGUUGAAUUCCCUCACUAGCUUGCUAGCUUUCGAUGAACUGUUUCACCUCUCACUGGGUGGAGUCUCUCCCAGUAUGCCACGUCGUUUCCACUGUCUGGAAUGUUUAGCUGGGAUGUGAACAUGUGCUACUCUAGGUAUUUCCAUCCUAAGCACCCACCUUAUGGUGAUGUAUAUCACCAUCAGGCAGACUAGUGGCCUGUGGUUACAUUCUAUUCAGAUAUGUUUUGCUGCCACAUCUUAACAUAUACUGUCCUCAGUCUCGGCACGGAUCACCUUAAAGAAACAGCUUUGUCCAGUGGUACGCUGCUUGCACACAGAGCAGAAGCGGUGAUGGUUAUUGUACUGGAUCAAGCACUGAUACCUCUGUUGUGGAGUUGGUUGAGGCCUCACUCUCAUCUGUGUGGUUUCUGGGCUAGGAUAUGGCUUGACUCUCCGCUAAACUGGUUCAUGAACAAAGACAGGUGUCAGUGGCACAGUCCGUCUUGUAAAACAGUGCAACUCUAAACAGUGACCACUUAUCACCACAAGUGUCUGGCCGUUACAGGGAGACAACUUUACAACUGAAAGUAUCACCACUGGGUAGCAACAUAAUUAGAUCUGUGGCCCUGUUUUCCUUUUUGCAGCAGUAGACACUCCAGCUCCACUGAUGUCCCCAAACAUUUUCAGGUCUCAUGGCCAUGACAGUGUCAGACCCCAGCAAACUCGCCACUCUAACCUUUCCUCUCGGAAGAAGAUUCCAGGGAAUGAUGGCUGUGUUAGAACAGUCUUUGUGUCUUUGCUGGAACAUAUCAUGUUUUUUUUUAACAAAAGAUAUUGCUACACUAUAUAGGCAAAAGUAUGUGUAUCCUGCACAUCACACUGACAUAUGGUUCUUCUCCAAACUGUUCCAUAAAAUUUGGAAACAUACAAUUGUAUUUUUUUAUCUUUUCACCACUAAUGCUCUUGUCUCUGAAGGAGCACAAACCCCACAGUCAGAUUCAAAGAUCUAAGGAAAGUCUUUCCAGAAGAUUAAAGCUCAUAAUCUGAUGGUCCGAUGUCCACAUACAUCUGGCCAUAUAGUGGCGUUUUAUUUACAUAUAGUGGCGUGUUAAAGAAUGUGUUAAUUUGGCUUUCUUUCUGAAAUUAAAUUUCCAGAUUCAGAUUUUUAGGUGAAACUGUAGGAUGCACCAGCUCUCGUGACCUGAGUGGGUGAUUUAUUAAAUCAUGGAAUCUCCUUAAUGAUGGAUGGAUGAUGCAAUGUCUUUGACUCUAUGAAUCUCUGGACUCACAAAAUGACUUAGGAUUAGACUUUGAUCUGACAUGUUGCCGAACUGAUUCUAAAAAUGUGUAGAAUUGGCUUUAAAUACUUUCAGAGAAACGAAGACCAGUGAACUCAAAUUCUUUGCCAUUUGGCUUUCCACUGCCAUGCCUUGACUGUGCUAGUCAGCUAGUCUGCUAGCAUGCAAACGUGCACAAUACAAACAAAAAUAACACUCAGAUAAAUAACAGCUCAAAACACUCACUAAAGUUAUUAGAAUUAAAGCCAAAACAGAGUAACAUUACUGAUUCAAGUGAAUAAACGGUGCUCAGAGUUACUCGUCUAUAAAAUGUUUACCAUCUUCCUCAUUAGAAUUUCAUUUCAUUGGCGAUUCAUUAUUAAUGUUAAAGAUAGUGUUAGGUUUUUGUGGGCUGUUGUCCCACUACAAAUGAACCAAACUUCUUUGAUAAAGGUAUAAAUAGGAUUUUGUAAGGAAACCUAAGUGAUAUGUGCUUUCUGGUGUUUGACGUUUCUCCCUUUCUGCUCCUGUGAAUGGAGAGGUUUAUUGCAAGGUUCUGUUCCUCCUUAUUUUGCUCAUGUGCUGAAUAAACUCUAAUUCAGUCUUAUUGUACGUUUCACUUUCAAAAAUGCAGCAAAAUGUUGGAUUCUGUUCCCUGUUUGUUCCAUUUCACUGCUUUACGUAGACAUAAAGAGACUGGCUGUAUAAAUAAUAUUUAAUACUGCUAAUACAGUGGCCCAGACUCUCUAAAGUGAACUAAAGCAUCAUGGAUGUCUGGGGUAUUGAUGGGUUUUCCUACAGCUACACAACAGAUCUACGGUCAGGUAUCUUUCCUCACACCACAGACUGUAGUGAAUCUACUGCUUAUGCUUAAGUCUUAUUUCAAUGUCCUUAUUUUCAGCAUUUCACUGCAAACUUAGGGCCUUUAUUACUUUAUUACUUUUGACUUUUCGUUGUUUCUGGUGGUCGCGUUGUAAUUAGACUCCUGAACAUUUUGUAAUGUGUUUUGAUUGAUCUGUGAUGUUGUGUAGACUGAUUUACAUAUUUUUAAAUAAAAGUAGUAUAACACUGAA